GGCGGAGGCGGAAGCGGAAGUGCAGGCGGAAUCGCAUGCAGGCGGAAUCAUGGUGACCAUUACAGAGCUGCCCGACACGUUGCUGCUGGAGGUGUUUUCCUACCUGCCGGUGCGGGACCGCAUCCGCAUCGCCAGAGUCUGUCACCGUUGGAAAAGGAUCGCGGAUGACCGCUGGCUGUGGCGACACGUCGACCUGACGAUCUACAAGAUGUGUCCGAAGGUCCUGUGGCACCUCCUGCGCCGCUACCUGGCGUCCCGCCUGCAGUCCCUGCGGAUGGGGGGCUACCUGUUCUCGGGCUCCAACGCCCCGCAGCUGUCGCCCACCCUGCUGCGCGCCCUCGGCCUCAAGUGCCCCAACCUGACCCGCCUUUGCCUGCAGGUGGCCGACCUGCGCGCCCUGCCUCUGGCCUGCCUGCCCCCCUCCCUGCGCACGUUGGAGCUGCACAGCUGCGAGAUCUCGAGCGCCUGGCUGUACCCCGGGCCCGGGGCGUCCCGCACGGCCACGCCGCUGCCCCACCUGGAGCGCCUGGUGCUGCACCGCGUCCCCACCUUCUGCGACGAGCAUCUGCUAGGCCUGGGCCGCUUCCCCGCCCUGCGCACCCUGGUCAUGGGCGGCACCUACCACGUCACCGAGACGGGCCUGAGCAACGGUCUGCGGAGGCUGAGUCAACUGCAGCACCUCGAGGUGCUGGACUGCACCCUGGCCGCCGACGUCGUCCUCCGUGCCGUCCGCCACUGCCGGCCCAACCUGCAAGGCCUGAGCCUGAGCGCCCGCCACCUGUCGGUCACCGGCCUGGAGCACCUGCCCUCCCUGGUCGGCCUGCAGAGCCUCUCCCUCAUGGGCCCGCCGGUGAUGCAUAACCUGCCCAGCCCGCUGGAGCUCCUGGCGGCCUGCCAGGCGUUGCCCAUGCUCAGGUCCCUGGAGAUUCGCGGCCUGGGCUGGGAGGGCCAGGAGGCCGAAGGCAUCCUGAGCCAGGGGCUGCCCCAGUGCUGGGUGUCCGUCCGGGCCUACACCCGCGAGUCCAGGGACUGGUGGAUGUGAACCUGCACCCCCGUCAUCCCGGAGGAGGAGGAGCCCAAGCCCACCCAGGACCCAGGCCCCAGCCCUUCCCAGCUGGAUGGCUCAGCCUCCCAGAGGUCAUCCCCACAUAAAAGGUUCUGCAAAAGAAUUUCUUGCCUGAGGUUUCAA